GUUGAACUCAACUCCUCCCCUUUUAUUAUACCUUCCCAUACAGCAUUGCGGUGAAUUAUGGACCAAAGUGACAAUGACCUGCAAGGUACGGACGGCUCGGGGAGUCUUGGGGGCCCUGAUGUCCGCAGACGCAUCCCCAUCAAACUCAUCUCCAAACCAACCAUCAGGAGCAAACCUGCUCCCCGGACACAAAGACCCAUGGGCAGGCAGCCCUCCAAACCCCAGGCUGGGGAUGAAGAGAGUUUUAGCUUCAAGCAAGAGGAGAGGUUCGACUGUGGUACCAAGGCUGGGGAUGUGUUUGCAAGUCAACGGAGGUUCCCCCAGCAAAUGUUUUGGGACUUUAAGUUGAAUUUGAUAGGUGAAAAGGAUGACAUUCCAGCACACUUUUGUGACAAGUGUGGUCUGCCCAUAAGGAUCUAUGGACGCAUGAUUCCAUGCAAGCAUGUGUUCUGUUAUGAGUGUGCUUUGCUCCACGAGAAGAAGGGAGACAAGAUGUGCCCAGGUAUGCAGCUCUUCAGCUGCACAGACCCGGUCCAGCGCAUCGAACAGUGUCUGCGGGGCUCCCUCUACAUGUGCAGCAUCGUGCAAGGCUGCAAGCGCACCUACCUUUCCCAGCGUGACCUGCAGGCCCACAUCAACCACCGCCACAUGAGGGCAGCCAAGGCCUUGGCAAGCCGCCAGGARGCCCUGCACCUUCCCCCAUCCACAGAGGUGCCUGACCGCUUCCGUGUGCCCCCGCCUCACCUGCCCAAGACCCAAGGGCAUCUCCCGCCCUCCCUCCAACACGGGGGUCAUGACCCCUACGGUCAGCCACCACCGGCUUCCCAUGAUGCACCUCCUCUUUCCCAGGAGACCUUCCGCAUCGCCACGGUAACUACACGCGCACGCAGCAACCUCAUCACCGUGCCAAUCCAGGAUGACUCCGGUUCUUCCUCCACCUCUUCCUCCCGUGACCCUCUCCCUCCUGGCCCGGGCCCUGCUCCACCCCCACACCACCACCCUGGGGACUACCCUGGUCAGCCUGUAGUGUCCCACCCACACCACAUGAUGGCACCACCGCAACAGCACUACGGCCCUCCACCUCCUCCCCCUCCACCCAUCAACCACCCCAUGCAGCACCCACCCCAGGGCUCUGGGACACCCCACAUGGUGUACAACCAGGCCGGCCCUCCCCCGCCUAUGUCCAACGCACCCCCUCCCAUUACACCCCCGCCAGGACACAUCAUGGGUCAGAUGCCRCCCUACAUGAACCACCCUCCUCCAGGCCCCCCACCUCAACACGGUGGUCCUCCAGUCAACGCCCCCCCUCCCCACCACUACAACCCUAACCCCAUGCAGCAGUUCCCUGAGGACCAGGGCACACUUAGUCCCCCUUUUAACCAGCAAGGGGGUCUGAGCCCUGGGAUGUGGCCUGCCCCUAGAGGGCCUCCUCCUCCAAGGAUGCAGGGCCCCCCUCCUCAGGGCCAGAUGCCUGGACCCCAUCACCCCGAUCAGUCCCGCUACCGCCCUUAUUAUCAGUAAACUCUCAACACCCCACAAAGUCAGGGGCAUUGUUUGACUUGUCCCUAUUCCUCUUCACUGGUUUGAAUAAUGUGAACAUGAGUCUCUGGGUUCUGUAUGACUGUCAUUUCUACGGAAACACUUAAAAGAGACUAGUCUAUGGAGAAUGUAUGUAUGUAGCUGUUCACUUUUAUUGAUAUGAACCUUUUGGGCUGUCAAAUGAGCAAUGAUACAUUUGAAUCGCUCCUGUAUUGGUCUCUAAUGGACAUUGUAUCUUGAACAUUUUUGGUUUGAUGACGUCUCAAUAAAUAUUUUCUAACCAAGUUAAA